AAUUUUAAAUCCAAAUUAAAUGUAAUUACCUCUUUACCCCAGACAAAACAAGAAAACUACAAAACCCAACCAAGCUAAUUGGGUUGAAAAUACCCAAACCCUUUCUUAUUGGGUUGAAUCCAAUUAAAACGGGUAAAAACACUUAAACAAAAAUAAUUCAGAUCGUAAAAACCAAACACGAGGAAAAGAAAACACUUAGGGUUCAUUCCUUGGGAGAAAUAUCUGCUUUCGACGGCGAUCUUGGUAUAACUACAGAUCGAUUUAUUUCUAUUUCUUCAGAGUCGAUCUUGGUAUAACUACAGAAAACUACGUUAUUGGGCAAGGUUUGUGGAAGGGAGUUAUGCCUCGAACAAAGAACGCAAAUGUAUCUUUAACGGAGACUCCGCCAGAAGCCAAUCUUGAAGAAGUGCCACCGCCGGCAGUAGUGGAAUCUGAAGCAACAGAUUCAAUCUCUAACGUGGUUGCAACGGAUUCUAAUGAGGAAACCGAAGCUCUACAACCUUUUAAAAUGUAUUUCAGUCCGAGUGAGUAUACAAAGCCAUUCAAGAUUUCAGCAAAGUGCUAUAUUCAUAAGGUAGUGGGCUUAUUGGAGACUCAUCUUAGAGGCAAGGAGUUGAGAUGGUUUAAGGAACACCCACAGUUCCGACACUUCUUCCACAUGCACAGGGACGCAAAUCAUAAGUUGAUGGGUAUGUGGCUGUUAUUUCUUCGCACAGCAUGUUUAGAGAAGAAGCGCGAAGUUUGGUUUAUCGUCAACGGGGUUCCGAUCCGCUAUUCUCUCAAAGAAUUUGCUCUCAUGUCAGGAUUAUAUUGUCACCAAUUUCCGAAGUCCUAUGAAACCAAGGGCAGCAUGGAGUUUGUUGGCAGGAUAUUUGGAGUUGGAGCAACAAUAAAAUAUCAAGAUGUGGAGGGAAAGUUCCUAUCAAUGAAGAGAUCUUCUGAUGAUCGUUUGAGAGUAGCUGUGUUGUACUUCUUAAGCAGCAUCAUCGUUGGAAAGACUAAGACAGGAGAGAAGGCACCAACUGUGGAGAAGUUUUUCCAAAGGGUUGUGGCUGAUCUAGACUUGUGCGAAACAUUCCCGUGGGGGAGAUAUGCAUUUGAUGAAAAUCUGAAAGACAUCUUCUAUAUACUGGAAAAAUGUGAAGGAGUUGUUGGUCCACAGAAAGUGUUUCCUAGUUUCGUUAUGCCUCUGGAGCUUCUAGCGUUUGAGUCAAUUCCAGUUCUGAAGAACACUUUUUGCGUCGAUGUGGGAUCAGCAGAUCCUAAGUGUCCUCGGAUGUGCAAGACGAAGUUUAAACCAAGUACUAUGAAAGGCUUUCCUAUGUCAGAUGUGUAUGACAAACUCGGUACAACUAAGGACAUUCAGAGUAUCUUGACUCCAUCUCCUGAUGAGGAAAAACUUUUGAAAAGCAUUAUGGAUGUUGAGCGUGGAUGGAAUGAUAAAGAUGAUGUAGUUGCUGAUGGUUGGCACAAGCGUCUAGUUGAUGAGGGAAGGAGUAUAUGUUUUGAAGAGAAAUUCAAUGAAGAUGUAGGCAACCGAAGAUUUGAGGAAGCUGUGAUUAUGCCUACAAGAAAAGGCCGUCGGGGAAAGAAAGGGAAAGAGAAAGUGACUGAGCCUCCGAAUGAUGCAAGUAGUGAUGGAUUGGCUGAGAUUGUGUACACGUUGAAGACAACGUUGGAGAAUGGAUUUAAGGAUAUGCAUGAGAAGAUGAUGGAUCUCAGUAAGAAGUAUGAAGACCAAGAUACAAGACUCAAAACUAUGGAAGCAACAAUCCAAUCAAUCCAAGUCAGAGUUAAAAGUGGUGGUGCUAAAGAGAAAGAGGCGGAGAUAAAUCUAGAAGGGAAUGAUGAGGUUGACUAUAGUGAUAAAGAGGAUGAGGUUGGAGCAAACCAAGUGAAGGCAGUUCAAGAUGAGAGUGGUAAGGAUGGACCAAAUUCUGAAGAUUUAACCAAGGAGAAUGAAGGUGGUGAAAAAGUGAUGGAGAAUGAGAUGGAAAAAGAAGGGGCUGAAGAUGAUGAGAUAGAGUCGGAGAUGGAAAUAGAGGAUGAUGUGGAUGGUGGUCUUAAGGAGGUUGAGGCCAGAGAAGGAGGGGAGAUUGAAAAAGAGAGUGACGUGGAUGGUGGUACUAAGGGGAGUGAGGUUGGAGAGAAAGAGAAGGAGAUUGGAAAAGAGGGUGUUGUGGAUGGUGGUACUAAGGGGAGUGAGGUUGGAGAGAAAGAGAAGGAGAGUGGAAAAGAGGAUGAGCCAAGUAACAAUGAGAAGAUACUUAAAAGGACUUACAAGAGAUGUGAAAAGAGAAAAAGAAUUAGCAAAAAUGAAGUGGAUCCAAAAGAACAAGGGAAAAAGGCGGAUGACAAUGUUGAUGAACCAAGGCAAGAGGACACUAAGAGGGUGAAGUUGAUAAAGAAGAAUGCAAAGAAGGGGUCUACCACCGUUGUGUAUCGGAGUCCUAUUGUGACGAGGACUAAGAAGAAUUAAGUACCAUUGUGUAUUGGAGUCCACCACUGUUUUUGAAAACUCUUUAAGAUGUUUUAUUUUGUCAUGAACAUGAAUUUGGUUGUUGUUUUAUUUUGGUAUAACUCUGUCGGUUUUGAAAAACUAAGUACAAUUGUGUGAACAAAA